GCCCACUGUAUUCAUUCACAGUUCUGAGCUUCUAUUGAACCAAAAAGAACCUAGAAAAAGCCGAACCAAAAUGUUCAAGUUCCUGCUUUUGCUUUCAGCAGUUGCUGCUUUCGCUGCUUCAGCCGGCCUUAAGAUAAACCCUGAUGAGCUUCACAUCAUCUGGGACACCAUCGAAAAGGACAUCAGGAUCCGUCAACAAGAAGCCGAGUUGGAAAUCCGCAACCUGUUCGAUCCCCUUCGCAUUUUGGUUGAUGGCGCUAAAGAAAAAUUGGUUGUAGACAUCUUUGAAGCCAACGAGAAGAUCCAAGACGCAAUUAAGAGGAUCGAAGAAGAACCUCAUCUCCACGACGUCUCCCACUGCAUUCGAGAGGCCGAAGAAGAGCUGAAACGUGUUGACGAUGAAUUGGUCAGAGAACACACUGAAACAUACGAAAGGAUCCAAAGGGAAGCCGAAGAAGAAGUAGACCGCGCCAUCAGGAUCACCACCGACAUUGUGGACGAAAUUGAAAUAUUCGGAAGAAGAGUAGACACCUGCAGGGAUGUUGAAUGCGCCAGUGAGUUGGAUGUUGAAAUCGUCACCUUGUACGAAAGAAUCGUCAGGGACUUGGAUGGAGCCCUUGAAAUUGCCAACGAAGCCGCUUUGAUCAAAUUGGGACUUGAACUGGACCAAGCCCAAUUGGACCAUGAAAGGUACGAAGAAGGAACCCGCCACUUGCUUGAAGAAGUCAGAGCUUGUGUUGAUGAGCGCGUUUAAAUCUACCAGUCACCAUUCUUAAUAGUUGAUUGAUUAUAUGCAUUGAUUUCAAUAAAUUUAUUGGGUGCCCACUUA